AACAAAAGACGAAAAAAGAAAGAAAAAUGCAAAUUUCUGCAGUUCAAUUUUCUAUCAGUCUAAAUAAAAAUUCAAGUCGGUUUUUGGGUGGAUGCCAAGACCCUCCUGUGUUUUGGUAACAAAAAACAAUUAAAAUAAAACAAAAUACAAAUCAAUAUAUUCCCAAAAAUGUGCCCAACCCAAUAAGUGUCCCAAAUUUGUGUUAAAAAGUGAUCCUAUUAAAGAAAAUAACGAAUAAAAAUCAACUCAAAUUUACCCAUCUCAUGAUUUUUCUCUGUGUUCCCGCAUUUCUUUUCGUUAAACUUUUUUAACAAACAAACAAAAGAAACGAUUUUUGUUCUGGAUCUGGCACUGGCACUGUUUCUGUAAGUUAGCUUAUCUGUACCUCGGACUGUGAUUAUUUUAAAUACACUUUGUGCUAAUUAUUUGCUAUGCUGUUUUGUUGAGCGGAGUGUUCAAGUGUUGUCGGUGCUCUGUUCGGACCUACGCAACUUCAACUUGCUGUAAGCGAUAGAUGCAUUUAAAUAUAGUUAUAGUAACUUACCGCCGCCACCGCCGUCGUCGUCAUCGCGCCGCCCGCCCCCCUGCUUCAGACAGAGUACAUUGAACUUAAGUUGUGAGCCAUACCUAGUCGUCGGCAAAUCUUUUAGCUUAAUAAAUUUAUUCACAUUCAUCUUGCCGUGACCAAAUUUCCCAAAAAAAAGUUGUUUCUUGGCCUUGAGAAUUACUAAAAACAAGUGUGUGAAAGUUCAUUGACUGUUUUUUCGCGAUUCUGAGAAAAUGUUCGGGUGAAGUCUUCGUCAUCGUCGAAAAUUUGGAUUAUUGUUUCUCGAGUCUACAAAUAAUCAACAUUUAUCAUCUUUUGACUGGCGAAGGACAUCUUCUUGAUCUCUCCAAUCCCCCCCUCCUCCUCCUCUUCUCUGCACUGUUUAUAUUUUCCUUGCUUGUGCAUUAAACAUUGCACAAUUUCCUAACACGGUCAAACACGUUUAUAAUUUAUAUAUACGAUACCUCUACCUAACGCACAAAAGACACCUGCUUCUGCUUCUGUUUGUGUUUCAGGCCUCAGCAUCAAUUUAUUCAACAUCAACUGCACGGCAAACAGUUCCACCAUGAGUUUCCACAGCCGCAGUUCUAGUGAAAUAGAGACCACAACUCUUCGAGAUGUUCUUCCAGUAUUCUUGGCUGAUUUCAUGGCCGAGUUCUCCCUUUACGAUGUUAAAGAUUUCGUGCGCUACAUAUUCAGUGAGGAUGAAAUGCGUCUUUUACUUGCGGAUGAGUCAAUUGAAAAGAAACAAAAUUUACAAUUGUUUUGGAUUCUGUACGAAAAUGAAGUCUAUGCGGAGAAAUUUUUAAAAUGCAUCAAACAAUGGUAUUGGUGGUUAAGUGAUAAGGUCUUCAAUGAGCGUAUGUGCGUUUCAAAGAAAACCGAAAAGUAUUUAAAUGCCGUACGAGUGCUUCGAAGUGAUUUACAAAAACACUCCGACUUCAAUGUCCAUCGAAUGGAAUAUUAUUGGCCUAUUCGUUUGGCUUUGAAGAAACUAAAACCUUUCAACUAUGUUGUUGUCAGUGGUGAAAUAGGUUGUGGCAAAAAAUGGAUUGUUGUGGAUGUCUGCUCGGAGUACAGCAUCAUGCAAGCAAUGGGUCUGAAUAUAUUUUGGCUUGAUGUUCGAAAUUGCAAUAGUCGUGAGGAGGACUUCAGAUCGCUGCAGCAAUUUCGAUUGCUGAUAGGUGAAGAUGAUUCCACAACAACGUGGCAUCCAUCAAAUGAGCUAGAUGGGGUUGAAAAUAAAAUUCUUCACUUGCAACAAUAUAUUCGAGAUCGUUUGCAGCAUGACAAGUUUAAGGAUUCUCUCUUAAUUCUAUCGAAUGUCGUGAACUCAAAAACUUUGAAGACCUUUAAUUUAGGCUGUAAGACGCUUAUCAUAACAAAAAACAGACAAAUUACCAACUCUCUGUCGGAAUCAACAACUGCACACGUUUCCGUUGAUCGGGGACUCACGACGGCGCAAUGUUAUCAGCUAUUUGAAAAAAUAUUACAGCGUAAGCGUAAAACUUUCCCAAAAGAUGCUUCAGAUAUAUUUCUUCAAAGCAAUGGGCAUCCGUAUUUAUUGAGUAUCAUUGCCAAUAAUUUGAAACUUGACAAGAAACGCAAUUGGGUUGAAUGGAUAAAAAAUUUGCAAAACUUACAGAUAACUGAUAAUAAGUUCACAAGAGUAGUUGAAUUAUCGCUGAAUGUAUUGCAGCCAAAAGAAAUGGAAUUAUAUAAAACGCUAGCUGUUUUUCCACAUUCAAUUAAAAUUCCCUCAAAACUACUUGCUGCUUUGUGGUAUAAGACAGAACGUGAAACGAUGGAUAUGAUUGCCAAAUUCGAUAAAUACUCUGUGAUAAAUCGCCAAUACUUGCCUGAUGAAAGUCUUGCCUGUGUUUUGCCAUACGUUUAUAGUUCGUAUUUGAAAACCAUUCAAGACAUAGAUCGGCAAGCCUUACACAAAAGUGUCAUAUCCUACUAUAAAAUUGUUGAAGUAUUGGAAAACAGAAAAGAUCUUGAUUUGUUUUCCUUCAACAAUGAUUAUUAUUUUUAUCAUUGCAUUGGAUAUCAUCUUCGAGAGUCUGGACAAUUGGAGUUGUUUCCGGAACUGUUUUUGGAUUUCGGAUUUCUGGGAGAAAAGUUACGCUCAGAUGGAUUUGCCAAUACUAUCGGUGAUCUAAAUUAUUUCAGAACGGAAAUAACAAACAAUGAUUCAUCUAAAGACAAGCUUGUCAAUGAACUAUUAAAAUUUCUACCCAGCAUUGAAGAAAUGCUCUUCCGUUCAAAGGACACAUGUCUUCUACAAUAUGCCCUCAUGGCUGAUGGAUUGGUUUAUGAAGAAGCGGUUAAACAAGCAACAAAGUUCCCUGACAAAGUAUGGUUCACCGAAAAGGGUCAUUUCCAUCAGCGGCGUCAAAUUAUUUGCCUACCACAUAAACCCAAGUUAAUCAAACUUCCCGAACCGGACACUUGUGCCAUAGCUCUCGACAACAAUGACAUACUCUUGGUUGACUUAUCGUUGGAUUAUAACAGUGUACCAGUUUACCUAACCGAUAAUCAGCAUCAAAUCAUCCAAAUGGAACUCAUUCUGCAUGGCGAUUAUAUCAUAACGCUGGACGUUCAGGGAAAUCUAAAACUCUGGUCUAUAGCUGAUGAUCGUCGUCGCAGUGCAAAUCGCCGACGAAACAGCAGAAAGAAAGUCAAUCCUCUCAAUCUAAUCCAGAGUCCAGAAAUGAUGAAGAGAAAAUGCAAACAGUUAAUAGAAACUAAGAAUCGUGGUGCUAUUUUAGCAUUCCACGUGGAAACUCAUUUUGCUGGUAUAAUAGACUUGCAUUUGGCAUUCGCAAAUGGCGAUAUAUGCAUUUACUCGUGGAAUUCUGAGCAGAAACAAUUUGAGCUGAAAAUGUUGCCAUUUCUACCAACCAAGGUGAUGAAAAUCUGUUACGUUUCUAAGAUACUUGACAAGUACUAUUUUGUGUUGAGUAACUCUGGGAAAUUGCAUAUUUACAACUUGCGCGAUGGUUCCCAAACAGCGCAUUCUUUUGACUGGCCACAGUUGCAGCCUUUGGUGUACGUGGGAGAAUACGUUAAGAAUUUAAUAUCUUACGUAAUAAUUGUCUGUCGCAACAAGGUUUUGAGUCUGAGUUUCCCUCAGCAGAAAUUUGAGUUUCUUAAUGGGAAGCUAGAAACUGUCUACAGUUUGAACGAAAACGAUUCCGGUAAUGCUUUUACAUGCGCCCGACUCUCGCCCGAUGGCUGUUAUUUGGUUCUCGGCACGAAGCGAGGUCUAAUCGUUUUCAAUACCGAUCAAAAAUCCGAAGUCUUGAGGGGCAACAUAAGUGAAUGUAUUACUUGUGUGGACAUAUUUCCUUUGGAUGAUAACGUCUUCAAGUACAUCGUUGUAUGUGGAUCGGAAAAUUCAAAAGUUUUGAAUUUAUUUGCCCUGAGACUUUUGGACAACAACACAAUCGUAUGGUCCCAUCGCUCUUCAUGCAUUCAAGAAACAAAUAAGCCUCAACUUGAACCCGAUGUUUGGUUGCAGGGGAACAAACUAUUCGAUUUAAAUUACUCAGAUUCGGUUUUAUUGUUUGCAGUCGAUUCUAAGAAUCGGAUCCAUCAGCUCUGUACUACCAACACAAAAAAUUGGUCCAUUUCAUUGCCGCCAGAAACUCCCAAGAAGAUAACAGCAAUCACUGCUUUCAAUCAGAUGUCUUAUUGCGCAUACGAAAAUGGAGAGAUUUUCAAUAUCACAAAAGAAGUUUUCGAACCGAGUUUCACGACUGAAAGAAUAACAUUCUUGCAAUUGAUAAAUGAAAGUAUUUUGGUUGCUUCUGCAAAGGCUGCCAAUAAGAGCAUUGUUCGACUUAAAAACGCUGGUGUUGAUGAAGUUAUUGACCAAGUGUUCAAUAUUGAUGUUUACAAGUGUUUUACGAUCAGGGAAUCGUAUUUAAUUCUGAUGAAUCCUCUUGGAGAAUUUAUGGUUAUAGGAACUGACAAUGGACUAAAAUUGUUGAACACUUUUAGAGAUGUUCCAAAACUGAUUGUUUCAGAUCGUGAGGGCCGUUUGGGUGGUUGUGAUUUGAAAAAUAAUUAUUUAAUCCUGGCUACGAUUCAUUUCAAAGUUUUUGUCUACAAAAUCAACUCAAACGAUGAUGUCCUAGAAAUCAUACCUUACACGAAUUAUUCGAAUAACAAUAAUUUCGAAGAGACUGACGAGGUAACUUGCCUGACAAGCUCAUCCGAUGCCUCCCUAUUUGCUGUGGGUUUGAAAACAGGAACAAUUGAGAUAUAUCAAAUGGAAAAUAAAUCGAUAAAAUUUAUCUAUCGUUUAUUGUCGCACACAUCUCAGAUAUACGAUCUAAAAUUUUCACCAUGUAAUGAUGUACUUGUUAGCUGUUCGGAACAAUUGUGCUUCUGGCAUGUUUCAUAUAUCCUUAAUAAUCCUUUUGAUUCGGGUACCAAACAAAAGCGUCGUAGUUCACGUUUUACGUCGUCUCAUAGUCCAGUGGAGGAAGUCACUAAUGCCAUUGCUCAACUUAAUCCUACUGAAAAUGGUGAAACUUAUACACUUCGUAACCCAUGGUCGAAUAAGCGUGGUUCAAUGGAAAAACCAGAAUUGCUGUCAUGUAUCAAAUUUGUUGGUAACAAAGCAGAAAUUUUCUAUGCCAACGAAGAUUUUACUCAGUUUAACACCAUAGACAAUGAAGGUGUGUAUUAUCAUUUGUGUGUGCACGAUAUAAGUCGAAAGAUUAAUAGUAAUGGCGUCAACAAUGGCAAUGGAAACGGCAAUGGCCUGUUGGAAGGGGACGAUGAGGUUAUUAUUUGACGUCGCUAUCGACGUCGUCGUAGUCGUAGUCGCUAUCGUCGUCUUUCUUCUUGUUUUCACCCACUCAAGGAAAACUCUAUAUGGAGAAUAGUUUAUUAUAUAGUCAUUUAUAUGUUUUAUGUUAAUAUCGCCUAUUGCGAUCAAAAGUAAUUAGUUAAUUUUUUUUUAUAAUCCUUAUACAUUUUUUCUAUUGUAUAUAAAAUAUAUCACAUAGUGUACUUGUAUUAUUAAAGUAUUAUUAAGACAAAAAAAAUACAUAUAUAUUUUUGAAUUAAGUUCCAAAUCAUUCCCUUAACAAAUUUAAUAUUUUAUGUUCUCAUAAAAUAACGAAUAACUAUUAAGCUAAACGAAUCUUUUCUUUUUGAAUUUAAAAUAUUAAAAAAUAUAGUUUAAUUGUUAAAUUUAUCUAAACAUAUUUUUUUAAAUUCGUUACUAAACAAAAGUAUUACAAUUGGUAUUAAAUUAAAGUGCGAAAAAAAUCCAUGUCAAAAAUAAAAUUACUUAAAUUAAUAAACGUAUUUUUUCAAAGAUUCUUUAAAAAUUAGGCUUUUUUCAAAAUUAGCCUAUUUUUAAGCACAUCCAGGGUUGUGUAUGCAAAUAAUGUUCUAAGGGUUGUGGGUUAUCUUCAAUCCAUGUAUACUGCAAAGUUUGAGCCGUUAAUUACACUGCUCGAAAAGGUUUUGUCUCGGCAAUCAAAAUUUUAUUUUCCGAUGGGUUUUGGUGGCCAUGAUUUCAAUCCGACUCCAAAAAUCACUCUUUUACAUCAGGGGUGGAAUCGUCUAAGGUAAUAGUUGACUAUCACCGACUUUCCCGCCUGUGUAGCUGAUUCAAUUCAAUUCGAUUGAACAAUUUCAGAAUAUUAUUGUCACAAUUCAUUGUUGUUAUGGUGAAAUUUUAAAAUGAUUUCUAUAAAAUAUCUAAACAAAAGUAUCAAAUUGGCUGUGUUUAAAUAACAUUCUUACUUUUCUUAUGUUUUUUCGAAUUAUGUAAGCUUUUUCGGCCAAAAGAAUGUGGUUUUGUACCUAAAAAGGGUAACUGAAAAAAACUUCCAUUCGGUUUUUGUAAGCGUCUGAUAACUCAGUUCAGAAACGACAUAUUUAUAGGAAAAUGACUAUCAAAUUUUUCUAGUGACAGCUGUUUAGGUAUCAAUUUGACUAUCACCUUGAAUAGAUCAAAUUCGAUUAUUUUGACUGUCAACAAUCACCUAAGCCGAUUCCAACCCAGGUUUUUGAGAUAUUACUUUUUUAAACUGCAAGAAAAUCUAUCUACGUUAGUAAUUUUGUUUUUAUUUAUAAUUAUUUUCGUAAUAGUUUUCCAAAUCUAAAUUAAGCUUUUCUAAUAUUCAGUUUAAAUAUUUAUUGUAUUUCACAAAAUAAGCAUUCAAAAUUAACUCCAAAACGUAUUUUUUGAAACUGGAAGUAUUACAUUUAAAGUUUCUUAAAAUACAAAUUAUCACUGAUGAGAAUUUAUUAGAAACUAAUUAUAAAAAAUGUUCUUUCCAAAACCAUCAUUGAAUUUAUUGUUAAAAACUUUAUUGUGUUUUAGCUUUAAAACACCGUUUUUGGUUGUUUUCAACAAAAUCUGAUGUGAUAGAAAAAUUAUGAGGAUAUUCAGGUCAACUUAAAUGUUUGCUACUAACUUAACCCACUAUGAGCAAAUAAGCCCUAAGUUCGCAAUGUAAAAUUUAGGCAUUUUAAUAUACUCAAUUAAAAAAAAAAUACUGUACAAUCAAAUCAAAUUUUUGAAUCAAUAUUUUUUUCUUCAAAUAUGUUAUGUGAUUGCCAUCUUCAACACAAAAAGUCACAAUGUAACUUAAAACGUCACAAUUAAUUUUGAUAUUUUUUUAACUUAUUAGUUACAUUUCAUUUGUUUGAAUCUAAGUUUACGAUAUAAUAAAAUAACAAAAUAUGUCUAAAUUAAUAGUUAAGUAGGUUCAAGCGCAAAUCAAGACAUAGAUCUUUUCCCUAUACCUCUAGCUCGUUGGAUAAAAUAAAAUAAUAACCAAUUAUUUUCAAUCCACUGCCUUUUUGAAAGUCCUUUUCCAUCGGGCAAAACACGAUGCAUUUAACAAAACAUAUUCUAAAAGACAUAAACUUAAAUUUAAUGUUAUCAAUAUCAUAUAAAAUAGGUUUUAUGUAUCGCCUUUAACAAAGCUAUUCGAAUUAGGUUCAUGAGGUGAAACAUUGAAUUAGUAAUGUGUGUUAGUGUUUUUGUUUCAAGUUUGAUGCUAUUUUCCCGUAAUAUUGAUGUUGUGAACUGUAUUCUAUACCUCGUUUAUAUACAACUUAUUCUACAAUAUAAAAAGGCCCAAGUUUUUUCUUUUGAUGCUUACAGCUUAAUUACAAUUUUGUUAAAAUGUUUGAAAUUUUUAAUUGUGUCUUCCUUUUAUUUUAAAAAUUUAAAUAUACUUUACCUUAUUUUUUAGAGACCAAAUAUAUCAAAAUCAUUCUUCUUUUUUAUUACAUUUUAUAUUUUUAUUUAGUAGAUAUAAUUUAAAUCAAUUUAAAAUAAAAUUAAUAUAGAAGUCAAUUAGUGAUUUAUAUGUGAACAAAAACAAAAAGUAAAUAAAAAAACACGAUUUUUCAGUGAGAGGUCAUUUAAGCUUUGAGUUAAAAGCUAGCUGGCUCACCCUGAAAAACUGUAUAAUAUUGGCCUAUGUAUCAAAAUUAAUAAGAAAUACAAUUAGACUGACAAAAAGAAUUAAAAUUCGUCCGGUUUUUAAGCUUAAAAUAUUCAAAAAAAAACUGUGCAUUUGCAAUAUUACAUUAACAUAAUGUACUAUAUUCAAAUAUAAAAAACAAUGUAAAAUGGUGCUAUUUUCAAAACAACAAUUCAUAACAAAAUUUUCGUACAAAAUUAUAGCACAACAUUUAGUAAUUUUUAUAAUAAAACGCACAAAUUGUGAAUGUGUAUUGCAAUAACUUGUUAUACAAAAUAUUCAAAAAGACGCCAUUAAUGAGACCCAUCACAGACCCCGUUCGAUACAAAACGUACCACGAAUUCAAAAUAAAAGGCUUGAAAGCUUGAGUCACCGAAUUGGAGACUAGUGAUAACGAUUUUAAAGACCUUUAAAUUACAUGAUCUGACACUUUUUUGUAUGCCAUUAUUAGUACGAAUGUUUUCGGACGGGACUUGUGAUAAGGCAGAAUAUCAAAAAAAAAAUAUUAAGUAGAAAAAAACUAUAAUAACUAAAAACAAAAAAAAAAAUACUUUCAGAUGAAUUUUUGAAUAUGUAUUAAGCAAUAAUUUUACCACAUACAUAUGAUAAACAAUUAUAAUAUUUUUCUAUAUAAAUAUACAAGAAAACAUUUUUGUAACUUUUAUACUCAACGUAGAGAUUAAUUUAUGUAUGUGAAAAGUCAAAAAAUAAA